GUACUUGAUUGUUUUGACAGUAAGUGUUUUGAUGGUGGUACUGUUGUUUUGGUCGGGGAUUUCAUUUUUUUUUUUCAAAGGACCUUUCUCGGAGGUGUUUUUUCCUGUCAAGCCUGGUAAAACCCAGUUAGAUAUCAUAUCGCUUUGCCGUUUUGAAAUAGAAACAACCACUUUGGAAGGCUCUGUGCACUUUAUUCCAAGCAGGAUUUUAGAAGUUUGUUAUGUUACAUGUACAUGUAGGUGGUUGCAACUGAUUUGCAAACUGGAGAAAUGUUGUCCAGAUAUGGCAUUUUAACAGAGGUGUACACGUACAUAGAUGGUGCAAACGUUUCUUCCAGCUGUGCGACACCGAAGGUGAAAUCUUCCUCCAGUACUUCAAAGACAAUACCUGCACCAAGCUGAAGGGCACCAUCAACCUCCGGGAGUGUGAACAGGUGGACCAGGGCCUGUCCUUUGAGACCAAGAGCAAACUCAAAGAUGCCCACAUCUUUGACAUCGUGACCCAGCGUCGCAAGUACUUCCUGGUGACAGAGACGGAGGAGGAGAUGUUGCGGUGGGUCCACAGUAUCUGCUCUGCGUGUGGCUUCCAGUCUGAGGACUCUAUUUCUACAGUCUCGGACCAAACAGAUGGCCCAGGCUCUCCUGCAAGGUUUGCCGAAACACCCCUGAAUGUGGGGUCUCCUCCUAUAACUACCACCAGACCUCCCACUACAAAUGGCAAUGAAUCGUACAUCGAUAUUGCCGAGUGUGAGACCGGUAACCCUCUUGCUUCAAGCAACGGUUUGCCACCAAAGCUGAACGCCAAGGAAUCCCUUCCGCAGCAUGUUCCACAAGCCAGACAACCAAAGACUUAUAAUGACACCAUGAGCAGCACAUCCAGCAGUGCUCCUAGUGACUCCGCGCCUUCCCCACCUAACUCCAGACCGACGUCACAGGUUGAAGGAGCAGUCACUGAUGAUAUCUACGAUGUUCCUCCGGUUAGGCAAUCUGAUGAUGCUCCUCCGGUUCCAUUACGGCCUGCAGCAACGCUUGAAGAAUCUAUUUAUAAGGUAGUGCCACCGAGCAAGGAUCCAACUAGCUAUCGCUGUGAGAGUCAGCUGUCGUCAGCAUCCAGCAACAGGGGAUCGUUUUCGAACUCCGAUGACUUGGGAUCAGGACAGACUUAUGACUUAGUACCCAGUUUUAAUGAUAGAAGAUCCAGCGGAUUUGAGUCGGCGGAGAGCAACGGUCCUCAGUCAAACUAUGAGACACCUCCACCAAGGCCACCUCCACCUGUCACCGAGGACAUCUAUCAGGUUCCCCCUUCCAGACAAAGUUUGGACGCUGAAACAGACUGUUUGUAUGAUGUUCCUCCUAUGUCACCACAAAUUGACAAUACAUAUGAUAUGUUACCUAGUCCCAUGCAGAAGACACCUCUGCAGAACAUACCCUCACAUCUAAAAUCUCCUUCACAAAUCAGUACAUCCACCGACAACUUGGCUAGGUCCUUUGAGGAGAUAUCCCAACAAAAUGCCAAUCAGUCCCUCUUAAACGGGGAUCUAGAACACUCGACAUAUGAUCCAGUACCGGCAAUGGACCUGAAUGCAUCCAUUGGGUCGAACUGUUCUUUCGGUAGUGUCUUCAAGGACGUGGGUCCUUCCUCCACGGCUAUGGAAGCACCUCCUCGUCCUGCAAAGCCUCAGAGUAUGUGCCCCUCCACGCCGCCACCCAGUAUCGAUGAAAAGUAUGUUGCGCCCGCCCAACCCAACCAUCGCUUCUCACCCAGUGAAAUGAGAAGGCGGUUGACAAGCAUCGAGACCAAGAGUCCUCCCAGCAUGGCCAACCAUCAUCAACAUAAAUGGAUGGAUCAGGUGAUACAGCCACCUGGGUAUAUCAAUACCAAACGCUCCGGUACAGCGAAUCCUGGAAUGGCAAGACCGAACUCUUCUUUCAAUCCCAGAGGCUAUAUUCCCAUGAGGUCAAAUACUGUGUCUGGCGGCUCCAGGUCAACCUUCCCAGCCAAUGGUUUCCAGAAUGGCCAGCAGCCGCUACCGGGGAGUUAUAUGGCUAUGCAAGGAAGCAGCGAGAGUCCCAAAAGUGGACUUGGGGCACCUAUAUCGGAGGAGAGCUACAUGCACAUGCAGAGCCAGAAUGAAGGAAACCUGGACAUGUAUACCCUGAUGAUGAAUAACUCGGCCCCAGCGGUACCCCGAAGGCCACCCCGUCCAAGUACCAGCUCCAUCAUCAGUGUCUCGUCUACAGCCAGUGGAGAUAGUCUGCCGCCCCCUAUUGACAGGAGGAAUAAGCCGAGAAGUACCGACUCAGCUAUUCUUAACCCUGAGAUGCUUGGCAUGGAAGGAUCAUUCUACGCCACAGGUACAGAGCUUCCUGCUGACUUCCCGGUCCAGAAUCCCAGGACGAAGAGCUUCAGUAAAAGACCAUCAAGGCACAGAGAGUCCGGAGGUUUCCCGAGCACCCCGCCCCGCCCUCACAGGAGCGUGCACUCUUCUAGUAGCUCUCACACAGACUCCAUCGCACCACCGAUGGACGAAUCCUAUGUCUUCUCCGAACCCACCCCUAUUACUAAACCAAGGAUAGAGACCCGUCAUGCCAGCAUCGACUCGGCCAUCCACCCGCACCCCUCGCCGACCCUCCCGCCGCAGAGCCACACGGUGGAGUACCUGGAGCUGGCCCACGACAGCGACAGCCCCUCCACGUUGCCCCGCCCGCCCAAGCCGACCUCGCCCAAAGACCAGGUGGAGUAUAUCCACCUGGACAUGGAGAAGACAAAGGCGUUGCAGGAGGUGACCCAGAACAGGGAGGAGAGCUACAGGCCGAAGAACAAUGAUGGCGGAACCCUCAAGAGAUGAGAUGGUCUACCCCCCUCUAUAGUUGAAAAGCAAGACAGGCAUUACUAGUCAUACCUUGUCUAUCCAUAAAGGAGGGCUGCUAUGUUGAGGAAAAUCUGACCAGCAUUGACCAUGCUUUGAUGAUUGAGGUGCUCCAUAGCUGUCAGCAUCGCUCGACUUUGUCAAGAGCCUUGGGACAGCUAAAACUGUGGACCUUUGUGGAAAGCUGUUCUUUUCUAUGGGCAUCUCACAAUGGAUUUAUUACAUUUUUAUUACAUUUUAUAUUAAAGCAGUGAGUGAGUCAUAUUGCAACACAGAUGUACACUGUAUACAUUAAUAUUACAACUCUUUCAGAUCUUAAGUACACAUGGAUAUUAUAUUGAGAUGAUAUUGGAAGAUCAACUUUAAAAUUCACCGUGAUGACAUUUGUAGAUUAAUUGCUUCAUUUCGUGUUCCUCGUGUGGUUGUAUUUAUUGAAUUGGCUUGCAGUUGAAUUGCACUUGACAGAAUGAUGCAGUAUGGAAGUGAAUAUGCAUUUUUUUUCUUCAAACUAAAGUGAUCGUGGAUAUGUAACUGCUCCUGUGUUUGUGUUGUUUUGUGUACUUCCAAAGUACAGUUUGAAUUUUUAGCUCAAAGUUACGCUUGAGGAACUGCUAUGAGCAUCUUGUUUGGAUCAUGAAAUCACAUUCAAAUGCUACACAAUUUUUAUAAAGAUGAUCAGAUUACAAUUAAUGCCCCAAUUAUACUUCACUGGAAGGAUGUAUAUUUCAAUUUCAUAUGAAUAUAAAUGAUUAGAAAACCCAUUAUAUAGCUUCCGUAUUCCAGUUGUAAAGAUAUUUUAUACUCAACAGUUUUGUGAAAAACCACCCCCCACCUCACCCCUGAUGUGAAUGUACACUGUACAUGUAAUGCAGACCAAACAGUACCUCACAACACCAAAAUGGCAACAGUAUUAGCAUACACAUCCAUGUAAUCAUGAAUCAUGAAAACGAGUCUUCCCUUUUGCACAAUAGUGUACCAUCUCCACUCCCUGGGUAGCAUUCCAAUGUGAUAGGCUUCCAUAUUAUAAAGCUAAAGUUCUGCAGUAGACUCAUUUUGUUGCAAAUCAACAUGUAUUAUAACCAUUGUGGCUCUGAAUGCCAAUUUAAAGAUUGGAUAUGCAUUGGCAACAACUUGUCAGUGCAGAGUAAGGAAGUAAAAACAAGAGUGAUCUCUUACAUGAUACCAUCUUCUUAGAUGAUUUUCUUUCUCAAAUCUUAAAAAAAAAAUAACAUAGCUUGCAAUAUCUAUUUUCAUAUUUUCCCACAUCUCUGUUCAUUGUUUUGCUCAAAGGCAUCUAUUAAUAUCAAAGUCAUAUGUGUGUUAGUUUAUAUGGGGAAUUUGAAACCAUUUAGAUGCCGAAUCAAAUUUCGAGUGAAACUUGUCACCCCACUGAGAGCGUUCCCGUGGCAACAAGAUCGCUUUACGUGAAGUGAUUUUGAAAACCACUUUUGGGUGAUCAAAUGGGAACGCUAGCAAAGCGAUCUUCCACACUGGUUUCCUGAACCGGUUUCCAGUAUUAGUUUUAGAAAGUGUAAUGAGAACAGGGUCUAAAAACGUGACCAGAGCUUGAACCUCUGCAUCAAUAUGUAGCUUCCCCCAACUCACAGAGGAUUAUUGAUUUAUUAAUUUAUUCCUUUUGUCAAACAUUCAUUUAUUUUAUUACUGGUAACUUCAAGUGAGUUUUGAAUAAAGAACACAUUUUAGUUCACAUAGACUCAAAGUGAACAGCGACAUCUAGCGCGAUCUAGGACAAUAUUGCUUAUGAAAUUGUGUGAUGCAUAAAGUAAUUGAAAGAAAAAAUACAAUUGUGGUGAUGCAUUAUUAUAUAUUCAUACAAAAUUAUGUCUCACCGCGGUUUCUGCGACAUCCAUCUUUAUUUUUCUUGGCAGAAAUGGGUGAUUUGGCCAGAAAAGUUGCUGAGGUGUUGGUGCUGAAAAGCUAAGCCAAAAUUUCUCAUACUUUAAUAAGAUGCUUCAAGGACUUUGCUCUCAUUACCUUGUAAAUAGAAACAUUUAUUUCACGUUACAUCCCUUAUUCUGACUUAUACAUGUUAUACAGGGGAAGUUACAUGGGGGCAUAGGGCUAAUUUGCCCCCAAAAUUCUCUGAAAAAUGAAAUAAAUGAGCUAUAAUAAAAUGUAGCAAAUUUUUGCCUGUACAAAUCAAUGUGAUCGGGGUAUUGCUUGUGACAAUCUCACACAUAUUUGUUGUGUAUUUGCUUUGAUAUAUUUGUUAUCAAUUUGUGUGGCAUUAACGCUUUAUGCAAACCCUAAUUUAUUUUGAAACCCUUUGGCAUUGACAAGAAGAGGCAAAUCUUAAAGUAUGCAAAACAACUUAUCUGACAAAUAUCACUGUUGUAAUAUCACAUUUUUUUUACCAUUACUCCAUGUUGUCAUGGCAACCCUCUCGUUGCAAGAGAUAUGUAAAAUGAGCAAAUUCAUAGGGAAUAAACUUCCUCAUGGUGUCAUCAAGUUUGGAUGAAUACUUAUAGAUCAUUACCUUAAGAUCCCCUUCUUUGAAAUUCAUAAAAGAGCACUUUAGAGCACUUUAGACCAUGAAUAUGUACCUUGGUGCUCAAAAGUUAGUGAACCCCACCAGAAAAUGAACAUCUUUAAAGUGUUCAACUUCUGCCAUAUUUAAUUGUCAGGUGAUCAAAUAUUACAUUCAAUAAAGUUUGUUUCUCUUGACUCGCUGAACAUUGUAGUAUUGUCUGCAUUCAAUGCUCAGCUAUGAGCACAACUGUAUGGGAAGUGUCUCUGCAUGGACUAACAUGUCUGAAAAAAAAUACAGAAAAAGAAGAAGUAUUCUUUAAUUAUUAUUAUUUGUUUGGCGUCACCUGUGCCUGGGAGGCGAAAAGUGAACUGAAUCACUGUGACCCGCAGGUGUCUCCUCCCGAUAUAAGUGAUUAGGGGAGUGCAGGUGGACCACUACACCGGGGCUUCCCCCUAUCCCCCUAUUCUUAUGCGACCCUCCUCUACACGUUGCUUUCAUUUAACGUCCUAUCCGAGGGAUGGAGUGUUUUCCACAUAGCCUGCAUCUAUGGAGAAUGGGAGAGGGGUUUCAUAAUGCACAAUUAAAGUUUUUAAUCCUUGAGUGGAAUAUGUAUAGGUUCUUGUGUAUGGAAUCCACUGUAGAAAAAGUAGCAAUCAAUUGCAAUACAUUAAUCAAUCGCGACUUAAUUUGCAACCAAUCUGAAGUACACAUUUGGGUUUGAAUUUUUUCUGCAGUGGGCCCCUCAUCACAUAAAAAUGAAAGUGAAUGUGAAUUGAAUUUGAAUUAUAAUUUAUAAGACUUUCCUGAUUUUUUUUCAUGUUUGCCUUUGCUACAUAUUUCUUUUUCAUGGUAAAAAGUAAAUUUUUGUUCUUACUGUCAUUAAACUCACCCUAUCCAAGAAAUAUACAAACAUUUACUGCAGUUUUAUAAAGUAUACAUUAAUAUUUCACCCUCUUCUACUGAACGUGGGUAUUAAAACAAAGUUGACCACUUUGUACAAAAAAAAUGAAGAGAAAAAAAGAUAAAUUAUAUAUUUUAUCUACAGAAGGUUAAAAAGAAUAUAUUUAUUCAGUACUUCGAAUUAGUGGCAAUAUUUGUGAUAGAAUAUCGAUUACACAUUUUUUAUGCAGCUUGUUAUUAUCAAAUUUAGGGAAAAAUCAUGUCUCCUUCAAUGUUAAUUUUUUUCCAACAUGGAGAGACAAAAUAAUAUACUGGUAUGUAUUUAAAACAGAUUUGAGAAUAAUAUGAAUGUGAUAUAAUUAUUUUUAAAAAAUGAAAUUUUAGAUUUACUCGUAGAAUCUUUGAUGAUGUUUUUAAUGAUCAGUUCAUCAAAUCAAUACAUUAAUGAAAGGAGAUUCAUAAAGCUGCUCAUAGAGUUGAACAGGGCCCCAUCUUACAAAGAAUUACGAUUGAUCCAAUCAAUCUCAAGUAUAUGGAAAUCCAUCAAUGUCAUCAUUGUUUCUUAAGGAAAUUUGCUUAAUGUCCUUUGAAAACAAAGAGAAGCGUACUGAAUCUUCAAGAAAUAAUGAAUGUAUGAAUAUAGGUCAUAUCUAGAAAAUACUUUGAAAGAACUUGCAUCUUACAUGUUGACGUUGCUGGCCUUCCAUAGUUGUGAUAGAUUGGAUCAAUCGUUACGCAACGAACAUAAACUUUACACAUGCACCACAUAGACAGAUAUUCAUUAAAAAAUCUCACUC